GCUCUCGCUGAGGGGCAUCCUCCGGAGCAAGCACCUCUUGGAGGUCUCGCUGCGGCGAAACCGGUUUAGCGGCCACGCAGCAGCCAUCACAACAAUUUUUCAAGCAGUUCGGGUGCACGCAAGAAUUGCACAUCUGGACCUGGCGGAGAAUUUGAUGCGCCCUGAAUGCAUCGAUGAGCUUUACCAUUUGCUUGGGCGUUCAGUGUCGCUGAUGUGUCUUCACCUGCUGGGAUGUGAGGAUAGUUGUGUGGAGGACACCUCGGUGAUCCAAGCGGCCUGCUACAAAUGGACGGCGGAGAUCGGGGCCACCGGCCUCGAGGGUGAGGAAAUCCAGAUCCCCGAGCCUGCGCAGGGCGAGGAGCAUAGCGAGCUGAUUUUGUGCCGUGCACCACACUUAGAUGCCAAAGACUGGAUCGUGGCCACGCCACCUCCCAACUUUGAGGUGGGGGCGAAGAAGUUCACCGCGGGCUGCUGGAUUGCAGAGGCCAAGCAGAAUCCCAGAUUCCAAAUCCCAGAGGGAGUGCCCGAGACUGGAGCACCCGAAGAGGAGAUUGAAGAUUGGAGCCAGGGACCAGCGAGGAUCAAGGCUCUAAUGGAUUGCUUCGAGGAGGACAUCAAGAUCAUUUACCUCAAAGACGUAUGUCAUGUUGACGACGAGGAAGCCGUGAAAGAUGCCUUGCGAAGCAAAUAUGAUCUCUACUACGAGUGCUACGCGCUGGUUGCUGGACGCUCUCAGUGGCCCUUUGUGCGGUAUGUGGACAUGUACAAUGUAUUCGACGAUGUCCGCGUCGUGGAGAGAUCGGGCUUUGGGCGGAAGAAGCCAGAGAGGAGGCAUUUGCACAUGCAGGACAUCCACAUCAUGGUCACCCAGACGAUGGCGAAUCACUCAGAGGAAGCAAACGCAGCAGCCAGCUCUGCCGAGGGGGUGCCAGUGACCCGGCCCCAGUUCUUCGAGGUGAUGCUACGGGCGGCCAUCAGCUGGGGCGAAGAUUUGGCUGCCGGCGCUGCCAUUCGAGCUUUCGCAGACGAGAUCGUGGCGGGCCGAUUGCUGCAGCCUCCUUUGGCACCAUUUCCUCGUGGAGUACCCUUGCGACCGGGCGAGUACAGCGACGCACUCCAAGCCUUCGGAAAGACCUUGCGCGAGGCCUGGGAGCGGUUUGGCUACAGCAGCGUGGCCUUCCAACGCCUGGCGCAGCUGGUGCGGCUCUGUGACCGCGACUUCACCUCCAAGAAUGUGGCAUCGAUUUAUGCCUUAGCCAAGCAGCCUCAAGCAGAUUACCGCGCGAGCACUGCAGGUGAGGCACGAGGGUUGAGCUACCCGGAGUUCUGCGAAGCUGUGGGGCGACUUGCCAUGGUUUGGAGUCGGAGUAGCUGGAUGCCGGCUUGCUGCCCCAAGGAGGAUGGUUCAAUGCGCGGCCGGCGUUGGCCUCCACAACCGCAGGCGAACCGCCCGGUGAAGGAGCACGUCUUAGUCAAGCGGCUCGAGGCCUUUGUGAAGCGAUUAGCUGAGCGGAUGAAGCCCUCAGUGAGGGCAAGAGCCUCCUUUCUGUAGGACUCAACAAACAUCCACAUC